AUGAAAAUAGGCUUGCCUCCUGCCGAAAGCUACGAGGAUUUCGUCGCCGAUGAGGUUGAUGGACAAUUUGCAGACCAAUUAGAAAUGGGUACCAACAUGAAAGAAAGAAAACGGAGGUCCCCAUAUGAAUAUGACGUGCAGGAUUACCCACCCGAUUACUUCGAUUUCGACAAGGAUGAUGGCGAAGACGUGGAAUGCCCGGGUCCGAAUGAAGUGACUGAUUUGGGAAGUGUUCCACCGGAGCUGGAGGGACCUGGAAGUGUGCACGAUAUGCACAAUUUGCAGUGGCGAGGUUACUAA